AUGAGCAACUUCCACCGUAACCUCCCAAGUGACAUCCAACCUCGUUUCCGGUACGGUCGAGCCCUCAAGGACUCAAGUUUCGAGCGCUGGGUCGAAGACGAAAAGUUUAAGGCCAAAAAGAGGAGGUCCGAUCAUCCCGCGAAGCUAUCCAUCACUGAUACGGGAGACGCAAUCGAGUUUACGGGCCUCAUGAUUUGUGGGCAUAGCCCGAUCGAUCUUGCGAGUCUGCUUGAUAGCUAUUUUGCUCGACAGGAUUACAUUGGCAGACUUGGCUUGCGUUCUCGAAAAUCAAACCUCUCACCGAUGCAGCACGAGGCUAUUCGGGAUUUUCAGGCCACGACCGAAGCUUUUCUUACAGGUGGUCGAACACUUGAUGAUGGAACGAUGUUGGAAGUUUAUUUCCGCAUAUUUGAUAACCUUUUUUUCAACGGGACACUGGAGAACCUUUGCUCGGUCUCUCUUACUCGAAAUCAACAUUUCGUACCUCUUGGCCAAAUAGGACCCCCUAAGACAACUUCACAAUUCGCUAUGGGCAUCGAGAUUAGAGAUCUCCUUGCAUUUCCUCGCCGCUGGGAAGUAUUUCCCCUCAGGGAAUGGUUGGCAAGUUAUAUUGAAACACUCCUUCAUGAGAUGCUUCACGCUUUCUUCAUGAUUUACUCAUGUCCAUGCACUUCCUGCAAUGUUACCAAUAAGUCGGCCCAGGGACUUGGCUUGGCUGGUCAUGGAGAGAGUUGGCUACGGGCUGCUCUGCAGUUGGAACUCGCUGCGAAGACACUUCUCCGUGUUCACCUUCUCUCUGGUCUGUUUUCUUUCGGUCGUACGGAAUCGGCGGAAUUUGACACUGCGCUCUCGCUGUGUUUUCCUCGGGGUCCUUCGGAGGAUUUAGUGCAGGGAAUUUCGCAAAUCAGCCUGCAGGAUGGAUAGUUAGUUGAGUUUAACAUUGCCAGUCCUUGA